UAAACCUAUAAACUAUGGAGAAUUUCAAACAUACACACAAGUAUUAAAAAUAGUAUAAUGAACACAUGGGCUGAAUAAAUGAGUCAGUUGUACAAAGCAGCCCCCCCAAAACACCUGGAACUUUUGUUGAACCCUCCCUCUCAUGGAGAGUUUGCUACUGUGAGGAUGUUUUGGGUUUUGUCUUGGACCUGGGAUGUUCUAGCUGCACUUCACCAUCUAGGCCCUCAGCCAUCAGUGUGACUUCAGUUCCCAUCUGCAGGCCAUAUAUACAAGGAGGAUUGGUAGAUACAAACAAGUAGAAAUUAGUGUAGAUGCCUUUUCCCAGUUACAGAGAUGAGGAGCUGAGCUUGGGGUGCAAAGUGGUCUUUGCGCCUAAGAGUUUUGCUCUGGUUCAGCAUCCCCCUCAGAUGCACUAUUGUCCUGAAAGCAGUCACUUUGAGCAGAGAUGUUGGACACUGGGUGAUACCUAGAGAAGGCUGGGAACAUGAGUCGUACAGGUAGUAAUUGCCAUAGGUAUUCAGAGGAGAAAGAAAUUAAUCCCGACUGGGAAAGUGAAAGGCUGUUCUCAAGGAAUGUCAUGGUGAGUCUGCUCCAUUUCCAUUGACCUUGUGUGUUUGAUCCUUAUGCCUAUUCCUAAUGGAAAAAAUACAGAGCUAAUGGUUAGUGAAUACCCUGGGAUGGUUGCCUACUAGAGCUGAAUUCUGGUCUUGACUUUUAGCUCUGGGACCUGUGCUAACGAAGGCUUCUAGGUGGAAUGCUUUGCUGGUCAGAAUUGGCUUUGUGGGGAGAGAGCUACCCCUAGUGGGCCUGCGUGAAGCAUUCUUGGAAGGCCAACUUUUCCUUACCCUGCCCCUGAAUGAGGUGUUUUGUUUUGGUUUUGUCUGUGACAUGGACCUAAUGUAAACCUUAGCUAAGAGGACACCAGGAUGGGGGAUGUAUCUAUUCCCCUAAAUUCCCAAAGUGGGAAACUAAUUUAUUCUCAAUUGUUUUUUUUUUUUUUUUAUAAUCAAAUACACACGACAGUUUAUCCCCUUUCCUCCAUGUUCUGGCACUUGAAGAAGUUAACGCUAUCAGGAUUGGGUCUGAAUUGAGGGCAGUAGUUACGAAGCUAAAGAAAAUGGAGUGCUGUGGGGCACUGAUGGGGCAGGGCAUUGACAGGGUGGUAAUAUGGGGUAUAAACCUGGGAGCUCGUAGUAAACAUGUUUCUGGGAGAUCAUCCAUGUCAUACCAUUUACUCUCAAAUACUUGAUUCAUGAAGAAAUGGACGAGAGUAUGGUGGUGUUAUGACUGUAGUUUUACUCAGAUUAGGUGAGAGGCGAUGGGGCCCCUGGUUUGGCUAGCAUUGUAAUCACAUCACAGAACUUUUGCCUUCCCCAGCAGUAGAAUAGUAGAAGAAGAAUUAUUAUUAUGAAGGCACAGUAGCUUCUAACACUUAGUGAGUGCUUCCCAUGUGGCAGGCACUAAUAAGUACUACACAUGCGUUCUUUCAUUUAAGCCGCAGGUUAGAAACUUGCCCGAGUUCACAAAGCUUAGGCAAAGAGAGGACUGAUUUUCGACUCCAGGCAGUCUGAUUUCAGAGCCUGGACUCUCAACUACUUCUCUUUAUGGCUGAGUCUCACUGGCCUGCCUUUCUCUCCAAUGUUAUGAUGUUGCUGUUUUUCAGGAACAGAGGUCCCUUUGCUGAGUCUAUAGCCACAGACCUGAAGUGAGAGCCAUGUUUCUUUUGUUUCAACCUUGGGAAUGUUCUUUCUAUACCAAUUUUUUUAAUAUUAGUUACCAUUUAUUCAUGACCUACUCUAUUUUAGCACCUUUGAUACAGUAUAUUCAGACCUUAUGACCACAAUGUAACAUAAAUAACUAUGUAUACUGAUGUUUUUUAAUUUUUCUGUGCUCACAGCCCUUUUUGAAAAUCUGAUGGCAGCUUUGGAUCUUCUUUCUAGAAAAAUUCACUUAUGCACAUACACAUAAUAUUGCACACAACUUCGGAAGUGGCUUCUAGGACCUACUGGAGCCUAUCUUCUAGCAGUCCGUGGACUCCACGGACUCCAAGGGAAGAAUGCAGACGAUCAAAUGUGUGGUUGUAGGAGAUGGGGCUGUAGGUAAGACUUGCCUCCUCAUCAGUUACACAACAAAUGCCUUUCCUGAGGAGUAUAUCCCCACUGUCUUUGACAACUAUAGCACCCAGACAUCUGUGGAUGGCCAAAUCGUCAGCCUGAACCUGUGGGACACAGCUGGCCAAGAGGAGUAUGACCGACUGCGAACGCUCUCCUACCCCCAGACCAAUAUCUUUGUCAUUUGUUUUUCCAUUGGCAACCCAUCCUCUUACGCCAAUGUGAGGCAUAAGUGGCACCCAGAGGUCUCCCAUCAUUGCCCCAAUGUUCCUGUUCUGCUGGUAGGCACCAAGAGGGACCUACGGAGUGACCUUGAGACAGUGAAGAAGCUAAAGGAACAGAGCCUAGUGCCCACAACGCCUCAGCAAGGCACUUCCCUGGCUAAGCAGGUGGGGGCUGUGAAGUAUCUGGAAUGUUCAGCCCUGAUGCAGGAUGGAGUACAUGAGGUAUUUUUGGAAGCUGUCCGGGCUGUGCUUUACCCUGCCACAAAGAAAAACACCAAGAAGUGUGUCCUGUUAUAGCUUUUGGGGUGCUACUUGGGGACUGCACCUAAGGAGAAUAAGGGCAGAUUCUUCUGACAGCAUUUAACAAUGCCAGUAUGAGCCAUUUGUCUCUUCUCCUGGAAACCUUAGACUCCAGGUUAUUCGGCUUUUGGAGGAACAAAAGCAAGCUAGUUUGUACAAGGCUACUUUGAAGUUUGGUCAGAACCUUUUGGAGGAAGUUUGAGUGUGAGGGUGUGGGUGUGGGUGUGCAUGUGCGUGUGCAGGCAUCUCCCUUGUGAAAGGGGUAAGAGGAGAUACCACCAAGUGCUAUUCUUUUCUGUCCUGGCCAGGCCACGACUAAACAGAGCAGCCUCGUACUGCUCUUUGUACGCUUUUGCUUGUCUGCUUUUAACUUUAAUUUCAGCUUUCCUGGCUGUAUCUGCCAUUGAGCAAGUGCCUCACAGAAGGACAAGUUUCUCCAGUUUUCAGAUCAUUGUCUUAAAUUUUCUGAUAUAUUAAUUUUUGAAAACUAUAUUAUGUGUGAUUCCUGGGUGUUCCCAAUGUUGACACAUUCUUCCCAUUCUUGAGAUGAGACAUUUUUGCAAAAAUGGUUAAGCAGUAUUUUCCAAAGUUCUUUGAGAUGGUAAUAGAUGUUCCUUAAAAGGGUUCUGUGGUCAAAUAAGUCAGGAACCAGUGACUUAAAUAAAGUUCAACAGGUUCCUCUACUGCAGGAAUUUAUAACUUUUAAUAAGUAUUCAACAUUUCCCAAGCUUAUUUCACUGAAAUUUUUUUGGUCCCAUGCCACACCUAUUAACAUCUCUGGAAACAGUUUCAGAGAUGCUGGAAUUUCAGAGAACUAGGAAUUCCUGUGGAGGAGGCUGUGAAAAAAAAAAGCGUAACAUGAUCAUGUGCUUUCUGAUGUUUCCCUCUUCAUGCCUUUGAGAGGAAUGUUUAGCAGCCAUGGCCUUCUUAUUUGUUCCUCUUCCAUCCUCAGGAGGUGGGUGUGGGACUUAGUCAUGAUAGUGCAUUGGGUAUGGGAUCUGAUGGUCAGAUCUGCUAUCAGAUUCUGACAGCAUUAUGGGCCUGGUGAUGUGGAAUUAACAAUCCCUCCAAAAAGCUAUGUCUCUGAGGCUUCUGUGUGGCCCUUUUUUCUCCCUGUCACCUUUCACUUUAGGGAAAGACCACUGAAGGUUAACCCUCUAGAUAAAACCAAUCAAACAAAAUGUCCUGCCAGUCAUUGUCAGGGAGUUCUGUGAUUGCCUCUGAGACUUCUCUUUUGCUGUCAUUCCUCUGAGUCACUAUGAAGGCUACCUUGCUCUCCUCCUGUUCCUCCCUCCUCUGUACAUCUCCCUGUGUGUGUGUUCAGCCCUAGGUACCCCUUGAGUCUUUUAGUUGCUCCAAGAGAGCUGGAGUAUGUUGGAUCUCCAGGCGCUGGGGCUCUUGCCCUUGUGGGGAGUUUGCUGUAGCUGCUCAGCCUGCUCUGGGACACUAGGAGUCAGAUUCCAUAUUCCGGUGUGCCAGCUUCUCCCGCUUCUCCCUAGUUGAGUUUUUUACCUUCUUCAUUUAAUAUGGAAGGAAAACUUACUUCUCCACCUGGCAGACAGUGGUUGACAACUCCACCAUGCACAUAUCCUCUCACCUUGCCAAAACAGCAUUGGAUUUUCAAGUGUUUGGGAAAUGGAACUAAAAGGAUCACAUACUUCCGCCUGUGGUGGGUGAAGUGUCUGUCCUUUGCUCUGUGACAGUCUUGCUGUUGCUCUUUGACAAGAUCUGAUGAGAAUAGCUUCAGGCUAACUGAACCUCCUGGAUAGGGUUGCCAGAUAAAAUACAAUAAGUUUUUACAAAUAGUUUUUUAGUAUAAGUAUGUCCCAUGCAAUAUUUGAGACAUACUUAUACUAGUAAAUUAUUUGCUGUUUUGAGGUGUCCUGUAAUUUUAUUUGCUAUAUCUGGCAACCCUACUCUUGGAGAAUCUGGAACUUGGAAGUCAAGCAGAUAUCAAGUAUUGAUAGAAGAUAAAAGGUUAUAUAGACUCUCUAUUCUUCCUCCUUUACUUCUUUUUCCCUCACCGUGGAGUAAAGUGUUCUGUUUUUCCUUCAUCACUGCACCCUCCACAUCACACAGUACUUCGUUGGUAUCUAUUUCUACACUGUUGAUUGUUUAAAGCUGUGGAGGAUCCAGGAUGGAUAGUAUGGUCCAGCAUAUGCCAUCUAUCUCAAUUUCAAUGUCUCGUGUCUAUUUUCCGACAUGUAACCCAUGGCCUCCUGAGGGAGGUGGCAGGGAUUCUGUAUGAGUAGUGUGUUAACCGGAAGAGGGUGAGGGUGGCCCUCCUCAAGUAAGGCCCAGUAGCACUUUGGAAAGUGGGGCUGCUCCUCUGGUAGCAUGGUGACUGUAGCAGUCAGCUGGCCUGUGGGCAUGCAUGCUCACUGCCCUUGUGUGGAGUCACUGAGUUUCCCACAGGCAGCCAAAUGAAAGCACGCACUGCCCAUGUGGAUUCUGGUCUCGGGAUGUUCUGAUUGAUGCUGCCUGGGGUGCUCACAAGGCUUCAUGGUUGAAAGGGGCUAGAAACAUAGCUGUCACCUGUGUCUCUGGGAAUGUUUUGUUUAGCUACUGAAAUCUUUUAAAUUGGCUUUUAAUUUAAUAGUGCCUCCUGCUCCCCCCUUGCCUGGCAAAUUCCAAAAUGUAACUCUGGGUUUGGUUUUGGCAAAUUCAUGUCCUCUAAUAAAUGGAGGUGUGAUCUACAAGUCUGAGAGAGUGGUUUUGUAUUGGACUGAUUUGAUGGUCCUAGGCAUACAGUGACAUCUUGAUUUUUAUACUUAAAAGGAAUUUGUAUGAAGACUAACAUGUUAAUAUCACUUUUAAAUUAUUCGUAAUGAAUGUUAAUAAACUUUUCUGAUUUUA